UUAGCCAAUAAGUGUUUGCGAUAAUUAUUUGCGAAUAUCAGUAAUAAAGAGCUGCCCGAUUCUGAUCUGGUUUACAAGUGAGACACAACGACGCAAAACACUUAUAUAAAACAGACAUCAUAACGUGUAUCGCCAACAAUGAGUGCCUUGAUGACAGUGGGAAUGUACUUGAAUGCCGUAGAAGAAUCGGAACACAUUUUCGCAACGUUCGAACGUGCCCUGCAUAAAGAGAUAUCGCAAGCGAGUCUGGGGGUGGAGGACAUUAAUCAUGCCAUCCGACAGUUGCAGAGUGCCUACAGGAGGAUAUCCCCUAACAGACAAAUAAGCAGCAUCAACUACGACUGUGCAUCCUAUCGUGCUGCCUAUCUAUACUUGUACGCGGGGUGCCACGCCGCAGCAGUCUACUCCGAGCUGACAUGCCUGAUGUACAAAUACCCUACAGAAUUCACUAAACUGAUGCGUUACGAAAUGCCCGAUCUGCACAUCUGCAGUUUGGGCGGAGGACCCGGUUGCGAUGUUUUGGGAUUGCUUCACUGUAGACGAAUCAACAGUAAGAUGAACGUCACCAGGUCCAUUAGGUGCACCGUUGUAGAUUUGUGUAUGGGUUGGGGUGUGGCUCUACAGCACGUGCAGGAAGCCUACACGGCUGGCUUAGGAAGCUUUCGAGAGAUGGUAAAGUUCGAUUUUCGUCAGGUCAACCUUUGCACCGGCUCGCCACAACUGCACGAAAUUUCCACAGCAAACAUCGUGUCCCUUGUUAAAUAUGUGUCGGUGGUGUCCUACUACUAUACAAAAUCCCCCAGUUUGUUGGAGACAAUCUUCUGGCGAAUGAAACCUGGAUCUUACGUCUUCUUCUUAGAUAAUUCUGCGGGUGGAUUUUACGAAAUGACCAGCAGAGCGGCUGCAAGAGCGGGUCUGCUGCUAGUGGCUCAGCCCAUUUUUCAUCGAUGGAACUUUCCAUCUAAGUACGAGUUCAAUUCCAAAUACGUCAGCCGUUCGCUUAGAACCACAUCCGUUAUCUGUGCCAUAUGGAUAAAGAGCGGGGCGGAGCCACUGCUACGUUUGCCAACCAUUUAUGCAAUAUAACAAAAAAAGGAUUGCACUAGUUUUAAAUGCUCGUUUCACAUUCCAUUCACUGUCAAAAUUAUCUGGAAGUCUUCAAACCUGGAAGUUUCAGAGCAAUAACUCCGCCCAAAUAAAGGUUCUAGAUUCCUCCAAUUAACUUACAUUGCUCGAGCAUGUUGUAAAUCUCCCCUACGCCUUUUUUUAUGUUACCAAUGUCAAACGAUUGAGUUUUUUUGUAGCAAAACAAUCGCUUCUAGUGUACUUUAAUUGUUUUAACACAAUCAUAGAACGCCCAAUUUAACCUUAGUUCUUCUCGUAAACUUAGUUUCAUUAAAGCAGCAACGCAUUGGCUACUAUUACUAUGUCAUUUUAAUAAAUAUUAAAUAGUUGGGCGGAGUUUAAAUAUCAACAAUAGACUCACUCUAUUACGCUAACAGAGAGGAGUUAGCAUAUAAAUUUAAGUGGUACGGAUUAUGUAAAUUCAGUGGGAGGAUCCGAGGGACGUCCAGAAAAAUCGAUACAUCACAGAACAGUUUGCGUUAUAACCUUCGACUCCGCCCAAUUUACAAGGUUUCGCAGCAGGAAACUUCCAGAUUUGAAU